AUCAUCAAACUCCAUUUCACUUUCACUAUGAAGCUUGUCUGGUCGCCGGAAACUGCUUCUGACGCCUACAUCGACACCGUUAAAUCGUGUAAGAGCGACAAAGAGUCAGGAGUGGCAGAAUUUUUAUCAGCUACAGCGGCUGGAUGGAACGCGAGGCUGAUCGUUGAGACAUGGUCACGCGGCGAUCCAAUCACGACUAGCGUCGGACUCGCGGUUGCUGCAACUCACACGGGUGGAAGACACGUGUGUAUAGUACCUGACGAGCAAUCUAAACUUGAGUACGUGUUGGCCAUGAGAGGAUUUGUUACGACGGAGGUUGUGGUGGUCGGAGAAUCUGUUGAGAACACGAUGGAGGAGUUUCCCGGUGUGGAUUUCUUGGUGGUGGACUCGAAGCGGCGAGAGUUCGUCAGAACGCUGAGGUUUGCGAAGCUGAGCAACAAGGGUGCCGUUUUGGUGUGUAAAAACGCCAUGCAUAGAGCAAUCUCUGGUUUUAAAUGGCACGAUGUGUUGAAAAGAGGAACACGUGUGGUGAGAUCCGUGUUUUUACCGGUUGGUAGUGGGUUGGAUAUUGUACACGUGGGAGCUACUGGUCGUGGGGACUCGAGGAAUCUUCGUAGCCGUUGGAUUAGACACGUGGAUCAUCUGUCGGGAGAGGAGCAUUUGUUCAGACGCUAAAUUUGGAUUUCCUCUUUUACCCUUUUUCCACCACUUCAUUGUAGAGAUGUAUAAAUACGUUAACAAAGCUUGAAUAAUUUUACUUUUCCCAUAAUCAAAAGUCUAAUACUGUAUGUAUGUUGUGUUUUUACACGAAUGUAAAAUAUUGCCAAUU